CAGGUUUCCUAGUGAGCGUGUGCAGGGGGUCAGUGGCGUUUGGGACGCGGCCGGUGGUCCAUGUUUCACAGAGCUAGGUUGAUGUUAUAGAGAAACGCGGACUAGACUGUUCUAGAACCUCAACUGAGGACCAGAGCAACACGUUUCAGAACACAGGGGAGAUGCCGACCUGUUGGCUUGUUCGUGCGGAUGAGAGCCACAAACCCAUUCAGCUCCUUCAUUAUCACACACACACUCUGGGUCGGGGUCCAGAAACUCAGAUUAAAGACCAGAAAUGCUCCAGGCAGCAAGUCGAACUGAGAGCGGAUUGUAACCGAGGAUUCGUCACUGUGAAGCAGUUAGGUAGCAAUCCUACAAGCCUGGACGAUGUGGUCGUGGGCAAAGGCAAUCAGGUGACCUUUAAACCCGGACAGAAGCUCUACAUGGUCAAUCGGCUUUAUCCGUACACGCUGCAGUUCAGGGAAGAAUCGACGUCUGCCGGUGCUUCUGGGGAGAAAAGCAAAGCGAUGAAGAGACCGCACCAGAGAGACGCUCAUGAAGAGAGAGACCAGGAUAAGGAGAAGAGCUGCAGAGUCUCAGCACCUUCCUGUUCGAACAGCGCGGCUCGGCCAGACCAAACACACGCACCUGAAAAGGAACCCGCAGCACACUGGAGUCAGGGGCUGAAAGUCUCCAUGCAGGACCCCAGCAUGCAGGUGUACAAAGACGAGAAGGUGGUGGUGAUUAAGGACAAGUACCCGAAGGCACGGUUCCACUGGUUGGUUCUGCCGUGGGACUCCAUCUCCAGCCUGAAGGCCCUGAGGCCCGAGCACGUGGAGCUGCUGAAGCACAUGGAGCGAAUCGGGGCCCGCAUGGCGCAGCAGUGUCCCGGCUCCGACACGCUACGCUUCCGUCUGGGUUACCACGCCAUUCCCAGCAUGAGUCACGUUCACCUUCACGUAAUCAGCCAAGACUUUGAUUCUCCGUGUCUGAAGAAUAAAAAACACUGGAACUCCUUCACCACUGACUACUUCAUUGAAUCUCAGGAUGUUAUCGCGAUGUUGGAGAGAGACGGUCGCGUGAGCGUGAAGGACGGCACCAGCGAGCUGCUGAAGCUGCCACUGCGCUGCCACGUCUGCCACCAAGAGCAAACCACCAUCCCCAAGCUGAAGGAACAUCUCCGGGGUCACGCCUCGUCCUGAACGAAAUGCCUUCAGUGAUGUGAAUACUGCGGGACGGCGUUAAUCAGUUGUUAAGAGUUAAUAAAAGUGUGAGUGAAGUUACAGGUUUAGUUCUAGAGCAGUGUUCAGUGUUGGACGUUCGUGAAGGCUGAAAUAAAAAGCCACAAGUUGAUCAGAAGUCUUGCGUGUUUGCCAAGCGCUCAGUUUCACCACGGUGCCGUGAGAACGUUCUACACAACUGUGUACAGAACACGAACUCUAUCAGCAGAAAUAAACCACAACGAGACGGGGUCCAUUCACCCUGCAAUAACCUUUAUUCACCUUUAAUUAGUUGAGCAUUUCCCUUUCACACCGCACACACGAGAGACUUGUCUACAUAAUUCAUAUUAUAGAAUUCAUCAGUAGAGGGGGGAGCACAUGGUGUACGGGUUUUAUCUAAAGGAGAACAUUAUAAAAAGAGAACGUGAAAGUAAAAAAAACACGAGUAUAAAAUGACUACGAACGUACAAAAUAUUAUUGCUAACCAUUUUUACAAAAAAACGACAGUUUAUUCGCUGUAUUUGCGAGGUGCUGUACAGCGUACAGCGCCUCGGCCUAAUGCUACAGUCAUCAAUUUAUUAAUCACCUAAAGAAAAAUCCAUCCCUGGAGUGUUGAGAUUAAAUCAGUAGCACCUGAAGUUUCUUUACGCUAACGUCUCUCCUGCCGUCUGAAACACAAAACAUGAACACGAUUCAUUUCAUGGCUUAAAAUAAUAAUAAUAAUAAUAAUAAUAAUAAUAGAAUGGAUGUACCAUGGG